AUGGGGCGCGAUUCGGCUUUGUUUAAGCACCUAUCUCAGGUGGAUUUCGAGGAAAUCCAGCUGAAAGGUGGCCGAAAGAAGAAAGCCGACAAGAAAGCGGCCCUAGCCAAAGCAAAGGCCGAAAGCAAAGGAAAAGAGAAAGUAACCUUCUCGGAACCGCCGCAGCAGACGGAGGAUGAAGAGUGGGCUUCCCACUCUGAAAGAACCGAUACAGAGAAGACCGAGGACGAAAGAUCGGGUGGUGAAGAGGAUGGUGAAGAAGGUGAUAAAGAAACUGACGAUGAAGGCGGCGACAAAGACAAGGAGGAGGCCGACGAAGCAGAGGCCGAUAGGAUAUCUCUAAAACUCCUUCAGGGCGCCAAAAAGCGAGCCGAGUCGAUUGAGGAGCUAUACCUGGAAUGA